AAAAAAUUCAUUAUUUCGUAAGCCAGACGAAAAUUCUGUUCAUAUAAGCGCCCCAUUUUUGUUAGCGGGAACAAAUACAAACAUGAGACAAAAUAAAUGAAACCACACAAAGCGAACCACAAUUCCAUGCACAACACUAAUAGGUAAUCAGAGCUGGACAGUUUUAUCAUAGUAAAGUCUUAUUAUUAUCUUAAAUUACGGUUUGUGUAAAUAUUCAAAAACAUUUAACCUACUGAUGCCUCAAUGAAUGUAAUUUUAUUCUAUUUUGUUUUUGAUUUUUGAAAUUUACUAGUAGCCGCUACAUUUCCCACCCUCAUGUUAUACUCGAGUCAAUAAGUUUUCCCAGUUUUUUUGUGGUAAAAUUAGGUGCCUCGUCUUAUAUUUGGGUCGGCUUAUAUUCGACUAUAUACGGUACUCAUAUUUAAAUCCAAGAUUUUAGUCAAAAAGCCUACCCCCCAAAAACUGGGCCAACUUAUCCAUGGGUCAUGUGGUUACUGUUCCUUAACUCAUGAGAAAAUUAAACCAUCUCAUUUCAAUAGAGUGUUGAAAGGGAAAAGUGUCGCCCUUCCAGGUGAAAGAAAAAAGGCAACCACUGUCUGAGUAGAGGGAUGGGAGGAAAGAGCUUAGUUCAACCAGGAGGAACAUAAAAGAAGCACCAUUGCCCACCACUCUCUCCAACAAGCUCCAGCUUCUGAUCUUUUUUUAGCGCUGGGAGUGGGGGAGUAAGUAAAAGGUCAUGGCAACCAGAGGCAACUGGCAUCCUGAUACAGCAUUGGUACUUUCCCCUCUUUGAAGAAUUAUCCUUGAAAUAUCCACAGUUUUUUCAAAAUCCAUAAAUAUCCCCUUAAAACCUGCCCUGGACUUAUAUGGCACUGAUAAAUUAUUCUGAAAGCAACUAACAGUUUCUUAACAAUGUUCAUAUUUCUUUUUGAAUAGCUACCUCUCCAGAACCUAUGCUGAAUAAUAUUACCUCUUCAGAACCUAUGAGGACUUCGGGUGCUUCCUUUUCAGAAUCUAUGGAGACAUCUAGUGCUUCCUCUUCAGAACCUAUGAGGACUUCUGGUGCACAACCUGCAGUUCCAGAGACCACCCCAAUGGAAGAAAAAAAUACCACAGCUCAACCUGCAGUUCCAGAGACCACCCCAAUGGAAGUAAACUAUACCGCUUCCGCUUCAGAACCUAUAAGGACUUCUGGUGCUCUCUCUCAAGAAUCUACUACUGGUUUUCUUCCAGCUGAAAGGACGACUAGAGAACAAACCACCACUCAACCUGCAGUUCCAGAGACCACCCCAAUGGAAGGAAACUAUUCCCCUUCCUCUUCAGAACCUAUGAGGACUUCUGGUGGUAAGUCUACACCUUCCUUUUUGCCCAAGCAAAAUUCAUUCCCAUAGCUAUGGCAUAUCUUUCCUUCUACUUCUUAUUCUUAGUUAUUAACUCCCAUCUAUUUCCAGUCUGGGAUUCAGAAUGGCUUGCAAAAGU